AUUACACAAUUCUACCGCACACACGUGAAUCAAGUUUAAGAAUUUUAAGACACUUUAUAGCCAUAACCCGCUACUGAGUUGAAGCAAAAUUAAAUUAUAAAAAAUCGUAAUUCAAAUUUUCUUUGCAAGAGAAUCGAAUAAUUGCAAUCCACAAUGUUAUCUGCAUCACGCUUCGUCUCCCGUUUGGCUGAAAAUCAAUGCACUAGAAGUAAAUUGUCAUCCAUAAUAUCUAAGUAUGGAUCGGCCAGCCAGGGUGCUUUCUCCCAAUCGCGAUACAAAUCUGACACAGUUAAGGGAGCCGUGAUUGGUAUCGAUUUGGGGACAACCAAUUCGUGCGUGGCUGUUAUGGAGGGAAAGCAGGCUAAAGUAAUUGAGAAUUCAGAAGGAGCUCGAACGACUCCAUCACAUGUUGCAUUCACAAAAGAAGGAGAGCGUUUAGUGGGCAUGCCUGCUAAACGACAAGCUGUCACAAAUUCGGCAAACACAUUUUAUGCCACAAAACGUUUGAUUGGACGUCGUUUUGAUGACCCCGAAAUAAAGAAAGACAUGAAAAAUUUCUCUUACAAAAUAACACGUGCUUCAAAUGGGGACGCUUGGGUUCAAGGCUCAGAUGGAAAAGUCUAUUCACCAAGUCAAAUUGGUGCUUUUGUAUUGAUGAAAAUGAAAGAAACAGCGGAAGCAUAUUUGAAUACACCAGUAAAGAAUGCCGUUGUUACAGUGCCAGCCUAUUUCAACGACUCACAACGACAAGCUACUAAAGAUGCAGGACAAAUAGCUGGAUUAAAUGUGCUUCGUGUAAUUAACGAACCAACCGCUGCGGCUCUUGCCUAUGGUAUGGACAAAGCUGAGGACAAAAUUAUUGCUGUGUACGACUUAGGUGGAGGUACAUUCGAUGUUUCAAUUUUAGAAAUUCAAAAAGGCGUGUUCGAGGUCAAGUCCACAAAUGGAGAUACAUUACUCGGCGGUGAAGAUUUUGAUAAUACAAUCGUAAAUUAUUUGGUCAGUGAGUUUAAGAAAGAGCAAGGUAUUGACAUCACUAAAGAUCCAAUGGCAUUGCAACGUUUGAAAGAGGCUGCUGAAAAAUCUAAAAUUGAACUAUCAUCUUCGAUGCAAACUGAUAUAAAUUUACCAUACUUGACAAUGGACGCAUCCGGGCCUAAGCAUAUGAAUUUGAAAUUCACUCGUGCAAAAUUGGAAUCUUUGGUUGCUGAUUUGAUCAAGCGCACUAUAUCUCCUUGUCAGAAAGCACUGUCUGAUGCUGAGGUAAAAAAGUCCGAUAUUGGAGAAGUGUUACUUGUUGGUGGAAUGACACGAAUGCCAAAGGUCCAAUCAACAGUUCAAGACAUUUUCGGAAAGCAACCAUCCCGAUCAGUAAAUCCAGAUGAAGCUGUUGCAGUUGGUGCUGCUGUUCAAGGAGGUGUUUUGGCUGGUGAUGUAACAGAUGUCCUCCUUCUGGAUGUAACACCUCUGUCGUUGGGUAUCGAAACACUUGGAGGUGUUUUCACACGUUUAAUAUCACGCAAUACAACCAUUCCAACGAAAAAAUCACAAGUAUUUUCAACCGCAGCUGAUGGACAAACACAAGUUCAAAUCAAAGUUCAUCAGGGUGAACGUGAAAUGGCGGCUGAUAACAAACUUUUGGGAGAAUUCACUUUGGUUGGAAUUCCACCAGCACCACGUGGUGUUCCUCAAAUCGAAGUGGUUUUCGAUAUUGAUGCCAAUGGUAUUGUACACGUGUCAGCUAGAGAUAAAGGAACUGGAAAAGAACAACAGAUUGUCAUUCAGUCGUCGGGUGGUUUAAGUAAAGAUGAAAUCGAAAACAUGGUUAAAAACGCUGAACAAUAUGCGCAAGCUGAUAAAGUCAAAAAGGAACGUGUGGAAGCAAUUAAUCAAGCUGAAGGUAUAGUUCACGACACUGAAAUCAAAAUGGACGAAUAUAAAGCUCAAUUGCCACAAGAAGAGUGUGACAAAUUACGAGAAGAAAUAUCAAAAGUUAAAGAGUUGUUGGCAAAUAAGGACAAUUCUGAUCCAGAAGAAAUUAAAAAAGCAACCAGUUCUUUACAACAGGCAUCAUUGAAACUUUUUGAGUUGGCAUAUAAAAAAAUGGCAUCCGAACGAGAAUCGUCAUCGUCUUCACAAUCAACAGAAGACAAUACAAAUAGCGAACAGAAGAAAGAAGAUAAAAACUGAGAAAUAAAAAAAUCACCAAAUUCCUCACAGUUAUUUCUCUUAUGUAGUUCUGAUAUGGAAUAAAAUUUAAGUUGUUAAAAAA